AUGGACCCCUCCCAGGUCCGCGUCCUCCCCAAGCUCGAUACGUCGGCGGGCCACACCUUCAAGCAGCCCAGCAAACGGAUCAACGAGGGGCAAGAUGUGACCGAGUUUCUCUCAUCAAAAGCCUACGUUGAUCUUAUGACCUUCCUCCUCCAGCUUAACCGAUCGCUAUUUCCUACGAAGCUCUCCGAUGGAACUGUUCAAUCAUACUCACUGAACAGCGAAGUCGUUGAAUACUCCGCGCCCGUGCGCCAGCUCCAACAACUCCUCUCAAAACUUGAAGCGAUUCUCGAUGAAGCACCUCCCGACACUGGCCCGCGCAGAUUCGGCAAUGUUGCUUUCCGGAGAUGGUAUGAGGUAGUGGAGAGUCGGGCGACAAGCCUGUUAGAGGAAUGCUUGUCAAAGGAAAUUCUACAGACUCCGUCCUCUGAGCCGGGUUCGCCGACGGCGGAGGUUGAGCUGCUGGCAUACUUUCUAGGGAGCUGGGGAAGUCCGCAGAGACUGGACUAUGGAACGGGACAUGAGCUGAGCUUUCUUGCCUUCUUGGCGGGCAUUUGGAAGCUGCAUGGCUUUCCUCAAAAUAGCCCCGGCGUGGAGGAAAGGGCGAUCGUUUUAGGCGUGAUACAACCAUAUCUCGAACUCGUCCGAACCAUCAUUAAGCGAUAUACCCUGGAACCUGCCGGCUCUCACGGUGUCUGGGGCCUCGACGAUCACUCAUUCAUCCCAUACAUCUUCGGCUCAGCGCAGCUAGCGCCCGCAAUAUCAGAAUCAGACCGUAUCCCGGAAGAAGGCUCGCUGCCUAAUGCGCCGGCUCCCGGCGGUGUCGCCAAAGCAAACAUCGUCGAACGGGAAAGGAGGGAUAACUUGUAUUUCUCCGCUAUUGGGUUCAUUUACGAUGUCAAGCGUGGCCCAUUUUGGGAGCACAGCCCUAUGCUCUACGAUAUAUCCGGUAUCCAGGCCGGGUGGGCUAAGAUAAACAAGGGCAUGAUCAAGAUGUACAACGCCGAAGUACUAUCAAAAUUCCCAGUAGUGCAGCAUUUCCCGUUCGGCUCAUUGUUCAGCUGGGAGCGGGAUCCCAACGCACCUCCUCCAGCAGCGAGUGCUCAUACCACCGCCACAAUGCGGAGAACAGAUGAACCUACUAAGACAUCAUCCGCGCCCCAACCUGAGGCAUCGGGCACCAGGGCCCCGUGGGCAAGUACUAAGGCUCCAGGGUUAACUACAAACGUUCCUAGAGUACCAACGUCCGCACUCCCGGACACCUCGAGACUGCCUCCCGGCCCGAUGGGACCAACGCGGGCGCCUUGGGCGACAUCGCAAUCAGCUGGGCCGGCUCCCACGGGUGACACCGCGUCCGGAGGCCAUGUGGCGACAAAAGCGCCAUGGGCCAAGUAA